CGAGGGAGCGGGGCGGGGUGGUACGGAAGCGUGGCAGAAGGGAAUCGUGAAACGCCGUUGUCAGAGCGGAGCGCUCAGCCCGCCGCCGCACGGACUGACGGAGCGCUGCCAUGGAGCCGCCGAGCCGCCCGGAGCAUAGCGCUGCUUAACGGGAGGCGGGAGCUGCGUGUGGCAGAGCCGGAGCUGCGCUCACACGUUGCCUCGUGCCCGCCGGCUCCUCCGUUGACUUCGUCUGCCUUCGUUUCCCUUUGGAUUCGUAGCGUACUUUCGUGAAUUCAAUCCCGUGAGUUUGUACGGAAGCCGAAUGACGCGUGUGUUUUGAAACGCUGCUCGGAUUCUCGCUCGGUCUCCAAACGAGCCCGAUUUUACUGUUUGGUGAACACUAUCUCCGGAGAAGUUGCUAUAGAUUGCUUUAUAACGGUUCUGCAAGAAGGGGGGGGGAGUUUCCGGCUUGCAGGACCAAGAAACUGGAUACUAAAAGUCACUUAAAUGUUCUAACAGCGUUGGAAAAUGGGAGCUGCUACGAAGUUAGCGUUCGCUGUUUUUCUCAUCUCGUGUUCUUCAGGUGCCAUUCUUGGCAGAUCAGAAACACAAGAGUGCAUCUACUACAACGCUAAUUGGGAGAAAGAUAAAACAAAUCGCAGCGGCAUUGAGCCCUGUUAUGGAGAUAAAGAUAAAAGACGACACUGCUUUGCUACAUGGAAGAAUAUUUCUGGAUCAAUUGAAAUUGUGAAACAAGGUUGCUGGCUAGAUGACAUCAACUGUUAUGACAGGAAUGAUUGCAUAGAGAAAAAAGACAGCCCUGAAGUGUUCUUCUGUUGUUGUGAAGGCAACAUGUGCAAUGAACGCUUCUUCUAUUUUCCAGAAAUGGAGGUCACGCAGCCAACUUCCAACCCGGUCACACCGAAGCCACCUCUAUUCAACACCUUGCUUUAUUCAUUGGUGCCUAUAAUGGGAAUUGCAGUGAUUGUGCUCUUUUCAUUUUGGAUGUACAGACAUCACAAGCUAGCAUAUCCUCCAGUACUUGUUCCAACCCAACACGCCUUUCAUAUAAUGAUUGAGGAUCCUGGACCACCACCGCCUUCACCAUUGAUGGGUUUGAAGCCACUGCAGUUGCUAGAGAUCAAAGCCAGGGGACGAUUUGGGUGUGUGUGGAAAGCUCAGCUGCUGAAUGAAUAUGUUGCAGUCAAAAUAUUCCCUAUCCAGGACAAACAGUCGUGGCAGAACGAAUAUGAAAUUUACAGCCUACCUGGAAUGAAGCAUGACAAUAUCUUACAGUUCAUCGGUGCAGAGAAACGAGGCACUAGCAUUGAUGUGGAUCUCUGGUUAAUUACAGCAUUUCACGAAAAGGGUUCAUUAACUGACUUCCUCAAGGCUAACGUGGUUUCCUGGAACGAGCUGUGUCACAUUGCUCAGACUAUGGCUCGAGGCUUGGCUUAUCUCCACGAGGAUAUUCCAGGGCUAAAGGAUGGACAUAAACCCGCCAUCUCACAUAGGGACAUCAAGAGCAAGAAUGUGCUGCUGAAAAACAACCUUACAGCCUGCAUUGCUGAUUUCGGUCUAGCUUUAAAGUUUGAGGCUGGAAAAUCUGCAGGAGAUACACAUGGACAGGUUGGCACACGAAGGUAUAUGGCUCCUGAGGUCCUAGAAGGUGCUAUAAACUUCCAAAGGGAUGCGUUUUUGAGAAUAGACAUGUAUGCCAUGGGCUUGGUCCUCUGGGAGCUGGCAUCACGCUGCACUGCCUCAGAUGGCCCUGUAGAUGAGUACAUGUUGCCAUUUGAAGAAGAAAUUGGCCAGCAUCCUUCCCUUGAAGACAUGCAGGAAGUUGUGGUUCAUAAAAAGAAGAGACCUGUUCUAAGAGAAUGUUGGCAAAAGCAUUCUGGAAUGGCGAUGCUCUGUGAGACCAUCGAGGAGUGCUGGGAUCACGACGCAGAAGCCAGGCUGUCGGCGGGGUGCGUAGAAGAACGCAUUAUUCAGAUGCAAAAAUUAACUAACAUUAUAACAACAGAGGACAUUGUGACUGUGGUCACAAUGGUGACAAAUGUUGACUUUCCUCCCAAAGAAUCCAGUCUAUGAUAGUUGCACUGGUCACGUCACUGACCAACGGGACUCUUCACUGGAGCUGCUAAAGCUAACGGGACUGCUGUCGUCAUUGUGUUCUGUGUGAAGCGACCGCGGGGUCUCCGGGAGCAUCUUCAGGAGGUGUUUCCCUUUCUGCUCCCCCUCCUCCUCCCACACACGAAUCCAUGAGACUUUCUGCAUUCCCUGCUGACGCCGGAAGGACGCGUGAUGAGGUGGCAGUGGGCUGCUCAGGGCCUGAAACGAAGGGCGGACCUGGAUGGGCUAACGGAGCGUUUUAAAAACUGACAUCAGAUUUCUUAAUACCUGUCAGAAGAGACUAAUUCCUUAAAUGAACUACUGUUAUUUUUUUUAAAUCAAACAUUUCAUUUCAGAUUUAAAAAAAAGAAAAAAAAAGGGUAACUUGUUUUUAUUGCAUUUGCUGUUGUUUAUAAAGAUGACUAUUGUAAUGCCAAUAUGACACAGCUUGUGAAUGUUUAGUGUGCUGCUGUUCGGUGUACAUAAACAAAAGUAAUCAAGUGGGAUAUAGCAAAGAGGCUUCCAAGUAUUACUUAACCUCCCUCAACAAGGUAUACCUCAGUUUCACCUCUGCUAAAUUAUGAGAUUGACAACACUAACAAAAUUGGAAUAAUAAAUUGAUCCAUGUUUUGUAAAUGAUGUAUUUCAAAUUCACUGUGUUAUUUAAAAAGGGUAAGCUAUGCUUCAUGCCAACAGUAAAUGGCCAUUCCUAAAGCAGUGUUUUUAGCCUUUUUCUUGUACUAGCUUGUUGUGUAUAAAAAAAAAAAA